AUGGCUCCUGAUGGGCAGAUGCCAUCCCCAUCCGACCUGGAUCUCAUGUCAUUUCUACCUCCGCCCGAGUCGCCCGAGUUCCCGUCUGCCCUGUUCGGGCCGCUGGGCCGCCGGCUCGUCGGCGAGUGGCUCGCGCUGCCUGCCGCGCUCCGCCCCGGCGCGUGGGCUCGGUGGCGCGACGACGCCGGAGUGUCGAGAUUCGACUACUGGCUGGUCACGCGCCUGACGUGGAUCGCGUCGAUCAGCCAUGACGAGAGCCUCGAGAGCCAGCGCAUCGCCCUCGAGCUGGUGGAGGAGACGCGAUAG